AUGGAAGGUUCGUCGAGGAGAAACGCCGGGGAAGAAGAAACACCAAGAAAAGGGGCGGGAGCAACCAUCCAACUAACCCCUGAUGAGUUACAGAAGAUGAUAGAGGAAGCUAGCCGGAAAGCAAUCGUGGAAUAUGAAAGAAGAACUGCGACCCCACUGGUCAAGGAAACGGCGAGGAGGCAACUGUUCGAGAAUGUGGAGUCGCUGCGAGAGUCGAGAAUACAAGGGGGACAGGAGCAUCGCAGUAAACGACCAGCGUCAUCCGACGCUGGCUCCAGCAGCCAUAGUCGUGCGAAGAGAAGGGAAUCGGUAAUUUCGCGUGCGGAAGUAGAAAGUGUAGGAAAGCAGAUAGAGAACCUCAACAGACAGAUAAAUGAACUCAAAAAGCGAGGAGAAAUAGUUGCGCACAACAAAAAUUCACCCUUCUGCAAUGACAUCCUGGUCCAAGUGGUAGAGCCAGGAUUCCGAGUACCCGACUUGCCAAGGUAUGAUGGAAUUAAGGAUCCCUACGAACAUGUAGCGGCCUUCGACAUGGUAAUGAACUUAUACGGGCAGCCAGGCCCGAUCAUGGCCAAAUUGUUCGCGACCACAUUGACUGGAAAAGCACAAGAAUGGUUCACCAACUUGCCUCGGGGAAGCAUUGAUUCACAUGAACAAAUGAUCCAGAAAUUCUCCUUCCACUUUGCAAGCCGAAGGAAACAAAAGAGAUCUGCCACCCACUUAUUCACCAUACGGCAGAGAGAGGACGAGACAUUGAAGAGUUUCGUAGGAAGAUUCAACAACGAAAUGAUAGAGAUUCAGGAUCUGCGCAUAGAUAUGAUGGUCAGUAUUUUGAUUCAUGGUUUGAAGAAAGGUCCGUUCGCAUCUGCACUUGCACGCGACCCGCCAGGAGAUGCUGAGCAGCUCAUGGCUCUAGCCCAAAAAUAUAUAGAUGAGGAGGAGAUGAAUGCGAUAAAGGACUACGAGCGGAAGGAGCGUGAGCAGAUGUACAGGAAAUCGAACGAGGCAAGAGAGGCCGGGGGAAGUAGGCAAAAGCAGGAAAAGCAAAGGGAGCCCAAGUACAUUCCCAAAUAUCACAACUACACCCCACUGCCAAUGUCACGGGAAAAGGCGUUGAUGAUGGUCGAGAAUGCGGAUGUUCUCAAAUGGCCGAGGCACACUAGGUAUACCCCCUCCAAAAAAUUCUCUAACAAAUACUGCAGGUUUCACCGGGAGAGAGGGCACAACACGGAAGAAUGCUUCCAAUUAAAAGAUGAAAUCGAAAGGUUAAUGAGACAGGGGUACUUCAGAGACCAAGUCCCCCACAAUUGCAAAGCGGGCAGGGAAGAGCCCAGGAGAAGCAGGUCGAGAAGCAGAGACCGGAACCCGGGGCCAUCGAAGUCGAUACACGCCCAAACCACCGUGAACAAUGCGCCAACUAAAGGAGUAAUCUACACGAUUGCAGGGGGUUCUAGCUCGAAUAGCUCGAAUAGGGAUAGGAAGAGAUACGCUCGAACUACGAACUCAAAUCGAGGAAAAGAGUUCGUGCUGAAAGUGGAAGAGGAGGAGGCCAUUUCCUUCAACAGCUCUGAUAAACCAGAAGAGACUGGGGAGAUGAACGACCCAAUCGUCAUCAGGCUCGACAUAGCGAAUUUCACAGUUCACAAGGUCUUAGUGGAUAGUGGGAGUUCUGCAGAUAUCAUCUUCAAAAGUGUGAUCGACAAAAUGGGCUUAGAAAAUCUUCGGUUAGAGCCGGUCAAAACACCGCUAGUCGGUUUCGGCGGAAGUGAAGUGACGUCCUUAGGAAUGAUCGAGUUGCCAGUAUCCAUAGGAGACGAACCCAAACGGAGGACUACAAUGGUAAAAUUUUUGGUAGUAGACACACCAUUUGCGUACAAUGUGAUAUUGGGCAGGCCAGGAUUGAAUUCGUUCAGGGCAGUCAUCUCCACUUACCAUAUGAAGGUGAAGUUCCCAACGGAUCGCGGGGUUGGAGAGGUAGCAUGCGACCGGAAAGAGGCGCGGAAAUGCUACAAUUUAUCAUUGAAAGGAGAACAAGAGGCGAAGAAGAGAAAGGUCAAGGAGGACGCCGAACCACGACCCUAUGAGCCGGAACACCUAAAGCCCAGCGAGGAGUACAAAGUCGUUCGGCUCACUCCCGAAGAGCCGGACAAAACCACCAGGAUAGGUGUAAGCAUGAAAGAGAGAGAAAUGGCUAUGAUUGAAUUCCUAAAAGAGAACAUGACGUGUUCGCGUGGGGUCCGUCUGAUUUCACAGGGAUCGACCCGGGAGUGA